AAUCAUCAGCUGACAAUCUGACAUCAAACAAGUAAGAACUGAAGCAACAUGUGUGUGAUGAAAAUUUGUUGAUGUGUUAUCGCAAAAAACAAAAUGAAACCAAAACUUGCUCCUCGUGAAUUAUCAAAUAUGGAAGAGUUUAGAAAAAAAGAGUUGGAAAAAAAUUUUGCACAAGAACGUAAGAUGUCGAGUAAAAUUUCAACUUGUAUUGACGAAUUAUCAACUUAUAUCACCUUUAAGGAAAAAAAAAUUGAGGCGUACUGUAAGGAUCAUGAUCAUUCAUACGCCAAAAAUAUAAUAACUGACCAGGCCAACAGCAUAACAAUUGACUUUGUUAAUGAUGAUUGUCUAGCAGCAAUAUUCAAGUAUGUGCCAGCAUGUGAAAGACCAAAAAUUGCAUUGGUAUGUCAAAAAUGGAAAAGAGCCCUUGAUCUUUCUUGGUUUAAUGUCAAAAAACUUGAACUAACUCAUUGGGAAUAUGAUGAGAAUCCAACUUGUUUGAUAAAAUAUCCAACACUCGAUGGACAAUUAAGUUUUUUAAAAUCACUGCUUUUUAAAUGUGGUCGUUAUUUAACAAAAUUAGACUUGUCAGCUUAUGGUCAUUGUAACAUAGUGCCAGUUAUUAAUGAAUAUUGUCCAAACCUCGUAAAACUUCGAUUGAGAUUUACCUAUGUUGACAAAAUAAUAUUAUAUGAUGCUUUUUCACGUCUAUCUAAGCUCAAAGUAUUAGCAAUUAUAUUUCAAGAUUUUAAAGAUACAUUUAUACCUAUCACUUUAAUCUAUUCAUUACUAAAAGUUGCUGAUACAUUGACUGAUUUGAUUCUUUUAAAUUGGAAAGAUAACUUGUAUAACCCCUGUUACUUUCCAGAAGAUACCAUUUGUGUGUUACGUAAACUGAGGGCAAAUCUGAAAAGAUUUGAAAUUAGUGGUAUUCAACUUUCUAAUGAAAUGACCCAUUAUCUGAUGACUAAUGUGAUACCAUUUUUUUCGAAUCAUGAUUUUUAUAAAAACUAUAAAACAGAAGAGUUUAAAAAUAUCAAGGACCUAGAUAUGGGGGAAUAUCUAAUUUCAGAUGAUGGUUUGUAUAGUAUUGCCAAUACCAUGAAGCAAUUAAAAGAAUUACGCACGUAUUGUCAUAAAAUAACUAAUGAUGGUAUUGUAACAAUUUCAAAAAUGAAUUUACUAAUUCUUGAUAUUGCUGGCCUUAAUCUAGUCAUUGAUUCUUCAUCAAUCAAAUUGCUUAAAAACCUAAGAGUGGCACGUUUCCCACAAAGCAAUAACAUUACUGAUGAAUUAGCCAUGGAAGUUCUUAACAAUUCACCAGAGAUGGAAAUGCUUUAUGUUCUGAACACACGUGUAACUGUUGAAUUUAUAAAAAAAGCAGCAGAAAUAUCAAGAAGACGAAAACGACAUUUGAAUUUAGGUGUUUCAUUCAUGUGUGAUAAAAAACAAUAUGAAUCGCCAUAUUUCACAAUUACUAUACAAAAAAAUUAAAAAAAAAAAAAAAGGUAAUUCACAAAUUUCGAUAAUAACUUUUGAAAAU